AUGUCUGAGCGUGCCCCACGCCGCUCGACCGACGAGGAGGCAGCCCCAUUACUGCGAGAUGACGAUGACGACGUAGGCAGCACCCAAGAAGAAGAAGAGCCUACCCUACUCGAGCGACUGAACUCAAUCGCUCAAGAACCGUUGACUCCAUUAACUCAAAUCCUUCUCGUUGUCGCACUCGUUCUCCUACUACUUAGCGCCGUCUUUAUCGGCCUUUUUGCCGGAGAAUAUACCAAGCUCAAACAGCGUGAACGAGAAGACGGACCAAGACCAACGGUCACCGUUACCCAAACGGCGAUAGUGACUACGACCGCGAAGCCUCCUGGCCCAACCGGCAGUCCAGCCGAGGAAGUCUGUAUCACUCCCGAAUGCAUCAAGCUUUCGGCUAGCAUUUUAUCAUCUCUCGAUGUCUCCAAGGACCCCUGCGAGAACUUUUUCGAAUUCGCCAACGGAGGUUGGAUUGCUUCGCACCCAUUGCCAGCCGACAAGGGCUCUUUCGGUCAAUUUGAAGCUCUCUCCAUCGACAACAAACGUGUGGUGCAACAUUUCCUUGAAACACCCUCUGCAACCUCAUCGUUCACCACUUCGGCGGACGAGCAACUGCUUCAUAAACUUCGCAGUUUCUACAACUCAUGUCUGAACGAGAACAGGCUGGAUGAGAUUGGAACUGAACCAUUGCUUCGAUUUGUAAAGACUGUCAAGAAGUUGUUCAGAGGCGAAGGUUUUGAGAUUUCUGAAACUAGCUCUGAGGAUGACCUCAGCGGGCUUACACCCGCUUUAGCCUUUCUUCACUCCCGAGGUGUUCCUGCGCUUUUCUCCUUCGAAAUUGAAGGAGACGCUGGCAUUGACCCCAACUUCAUGGUACCAUGGUUUGAUCAAGCAUCUUUGGGUCUACCAGCGAAGGAUUACUAUGCCGAGCCCGAUAUCGUCUCAAUAUAUCAGAACGUCAUCGAACGACUCUUCAAGACGCUUUUGGAUGAAGAAGACAAACCCCCCACCCCGACUUUGGUGGAGAAUGAUGCUUGGCCUUCAUGGCCUUGGCCUCCGUGGGACCCUGAUGACGAGCCUGACAAGGACAAGACCAACAACACUGAAAAGGCGCGUCAACUCGCAGAAGAUGUUGUUGCAUUUGAGACCAAGCUCGCAAACGUCACCCUCGAUGCGGACGCGUAUCAAGAUCCGUUCUUCACAUAUAACCGAGUUCCAUUGCAGAACCUCACCGAGUCGCUUCCGCAAGUCAGCUUCCCUGACUACUUUGCGACAUUUGCGCCACGUACCUUCCCCGAGAACAUUAUCGUUACCUACCCCGCCUAUCCAGUCGCUGUCUCGGAGCUGUUAAGCUCUACCUCCAAUGACACGAUUGAGGCUUAUCUGGUCGCUCGUGCGGCGCUUGCCCUCUCGCCGAAUCUGGGUAUGUCAACGGAGGCAUGGGCAGCGCAGCGGUCGCUGUUGGAGACCCUCACCGGAAUCAAAAAGGGUGCUGUUGGCGACCGUGCGGAAUAUUGUGUUGGCAAAGUAGAAUCGACUCUUGGCUUUGCGGCUGGCCGGUACUUUGUGAAUGCCACCUUCGGCGGAGACUCGAGGGAGAAGGGCACCAAGAUCAUCGAAGAUAUCGUUAAGGCUUUCAAGGCGUCGCUUCCUAAUGUGCCCUGGCUGGACAAGGAGUCGGCCGACGCAGCCGCGGGCAAGGCAGAUGCUAUACGCAUCAAAGUUGGCUACCCCAUCUCGCCAAAUACCAGGGAUCCGUCGUCAAUCCUAAGGUACUACAGUACUGUGAAGAUUGACCAAGAUACCUACUUCGACAAUAUUCUCAACGCCGCAGGUAGCGACAUGUUCAAGAUGUGGCUAAAAGUGGGUCAAAGGCGGAACGAAGACGAAUGGCUCAUGUGGCCGUCCAUGGUCAACGCCUAUUUCAACCCACCAUCGAACGAAAUCGUCUUCCCUGCUGGUAUUCUCCAGCCACCGUUCUUCUCGCAUGACUGGCCAUUGUACCUAUCCUAUGGCGCAUUUGGUCAGGUAGCAGCCCACGAGCUUACGCACGCUUUUGAUUCUGCGGGACGGCUGUAUAAUCAAGAUGGGAAGUUAAGCAAGAGUGCAUCGAAACCCAAUAUUCCAGCAAGUUUUUUUGCGCUAGGGCGUUGGCCGUGUCCUGAUCACUGUUCUGCAGACUACACCGUGGACGACGGCAAAGGGGGCGUAAUCCACGUAAACGGCAAUUUAACAUCUGGCGAGAAUAUCGGUGACUCGGGGCUAAUUCAAGCAUAUCGGGCAUGGAAGGCGCAGUUCGACGAGUCGAAGAAGGCUGGUAACGAGUAUCUGUUGCCUGGACUAAACUAUACCCGGGAGCAACUGUUCUUCCUCGCGUUUGGAAGGAUCUGGGGGAAUAACAUGAAGACUGCUGCCCUGGUGCAACGCGUCAGGACGGACCCACAUUCCCCCAAUAUUUUCCGUGUGGAGGGCACGUUAUCGAAUAUACCGGAGUUUGCUGCUGCUUUCAAGUGUCCAAAGGGCUCGAAGCUUAACCCUCCAGAUGAACAACGCUGUUUGUUCUGGUCGUAA